AAGAACAAGAAGCUGCUGUGUUUGUACUGUAGAGCCUCAUCUAUCUUUAAUAAUGAAUUUAGCAGAAGAGGAACACAUAACCCCCAUGGAUCCACAAAAUGAAGGAUUCCAGAAACUAAUAAAAAAGGAGGAAAAAUAUGAAGAUGGAAGUUACUUCUGUGAAGGAUCUUUAAUCCCUGUGGAAUAUGUCACCUCUGAGGAACACCUCACCCCAGAGGACCAACAGUGUGGAGGUUUCCAGAUGAAGCCUGUGAAGAAGGAAGAACCUGAAGAUAAAGAUGAACUCAAACUGAACAAGGAUUUCUGCUGCUCCUCGUGUCCACGUUCCUCUACAACCCAAAAUCAGCUCCACAAUCACAUCAAGAGCUCGUCCUCUGGUACUGACAGCAUUAAUACUCACACUGGAGAGAAACCAUAUCAGUGCUCACAAUGUGGAAAGAGUUUUAAUAGACAGAGUGAGCUCAAAAUACACCAGCGCAUUCACAGUGGAGAGAAAUUGUAUCAGUGCUCACAGUGUGGGAUGGGCUUUAAUACAAAGAGUGGUCUAAAAAGACACCAGCGCAUUCACACUGGAGUCAAACCACAUCAGUGUUCACAGUGUGGAAAAAGUUUUAUUCAACAGAUUAAUCUCAAAAGACACCAGCACAUUCACACUGGAGAGAAACCGUAUCAGUGCUCACAAUGUGGAAAGAGUUUUAAUACAAAGAGUGAGCUCAAAAUACACCAGCGCAUUCACAGUGGAGAGAAACCGUAUCUGUGCUCACAGUGUGGGAAGAGUUUUAAUACAAAGACUGAGCUCAAAAUACACCAGCACAUUCACACUGGAGAGAAACCGUAUCACUGUUCACAGUGUGGAAAAAGUUUUAUUCAACAGGGUCAUCUCAAAACACACCAGCGCAUUCACACUGGAGAGAAACCGUAUCAGUGCUCACAGUGUGGGAAGAGUUUUAAUACAAAGACUGAGCUCAAAAUACACCAGCGCGUUCACACCGGAGAGAAACCGUUUCACUGUUCACAGUGUGGAAAAAGUUUUAUUCAACAGGGUCAUCUCAAAACACACCAGCGCAUUCACACUGGAGAGAAACCGUAUCAGUGCUCACAGUGUGGGAAGAGUUUUAAUACAAAGAGUGAGCUGAAAAUACACCAGCGCAUUCACACUGGAGAGAAACCGUAUCAGUGUUCACAGUGUGGAAAAGGUUUUAAUCAACAGAGUCAUCUCAAAACACACCAGCGCAUUCACUUACAGAAAUGAUGCUCACGGUGUUGGAGCUGCUUUGCUCAUUUAUCAGCACUUA